AUGCAUCCAAAAUGCAAUAUGUUUUUGUUGCUUCUAAUUGGUCUGUAUAUUUGUCUACUGAAAGCCACAGCAAUAUUGGCGCAACAAUGCCAAACCGUACCCGUUUCACUGACUGCAAAAGACAGUCUACAGUCCUUUACAACACCCGACUAUUUCGUCGGUAGCUAUCCAAAUAACGCAGACUGCUUCUGGUUGCUAACAGCCCGUAGCGUUGAUCGACGAAUCUAUUUGAGGGUUGAUGAUUCUCAACUUGACGAUGCAUUAUUUUAUACGUGCGAUGAUUUCUGUGCCAUUUACAGUGGUAAAACGAAUACAUCGACAAAGUUAAAGCAAUGGUGUGGUGAUGAAAAGCCAUAUGCCAUCAUUAGCCCAUCCGAUUCGCUGUUUGUACAUUUUCAUUCAGAUGCACGCUUUCAACGUCAUGGUGUUAAAAUGUCUUUCACUGAUUAUGAAAUCCCCGGUUGUCCACCAGGAUGGGUUUCAAAUACAGCACUGGGUACCUGCUAUACCUUAAUUUAUUCAGGAGGCGGUCUGACCUGGGCUGAGGCUCAAAAUGAAUGCUUAAACCAAAGAAGCAAUUUGCUGACGCUAUCAUCUCAGGAGGAGUACUCUUUUAUUAUCGACACAUUCACUGAAGAUGAGGCUAUGUUUUGGUUAGGCUACACAGAUGCAGCGGUAGAAGGAACGUUCAAAUCCAUCGAUCCGAAUGAAAAAAUUUGGCCCGAUCAGUUUCCAACAUUUUUCAAAAAUCACGAUUUUGAAGACUGUGUCUGUAUCAACGCACAUUCGUAUGAAGGAAUAGCAUAUGAGGUGACAAACUGUAUGAGUAGAUUUCCUUUCGUUUGCAAAAUGAGCAGAGAUGGUCAAACAAUUCCAUACGCGCCAGAUUUAAAUGCUAUUCGAAAAGGUUUAGCUGAAGAACAUACAGUUCGUUUUAACUGGGCCUUAUGGAUUCUGAUCAUCUUGCUACUUAUAGCUGCAAUUCUGGCAAUACUUUAUUUCUGCUACAAAUGUCAGCAAAAACGUAGCAAACAGAGAGUCGGUAGUGCUGAUGAUAAUAACCGACUUACACAUACAAGUACACAGUUGUCUGCAGCAACGGGCAAUGAACACACCAAUGUGCGUUAUGUGCAGCAAAUUAGCCACAGAUCAAGCCAGCCAAUCGAGAACUAUCCGAUGAACGAAGGUCUUUCACCAACAGAUCGACGACGAGCUGCUGAACAUGUCAAUAGAUUUGUGGAAACUUUUGAACGUGACUUGGAUAGAAAUUUUGAUACACCAGGAACCGCCAAUGCAGCACAAAAUCCGCAACGUUUGGAUGCACCACUGCCGAGAAGACCACUCGAACAAAUGUGCCCAACAGUUCUAACUGUAGUUCCGAGUCGAGAUCGCUUUCCACACGACUUUGUAAAUGAAAAUAUUGAACCAGUAAACGGUUCAAUACGAAAUGAAGCAUUUCUGAAAAACCGCAGGGACGAUUUAUUUGAAAGACCACACGUAACGCUUCUUGACAACGUGUCAGCAAUAAGUUUAGACGACUUUUGGAACAAAAGUGCCCCCUCAGGAUCCCGCUGA